AUGUCAGACCACGAAGAUGAAAUGGACGUGGAUGCGCCCAAGGACGUGCAGUUCAGCUCCGACAAUGCCAGUGGAAAAAAGAGAACCGCAGCCGAUCUGCCUAUUGAAGCUCAAGAUAACCUCCCAUGGCAAAAAUACCGACCCAGCAGCUUAGACGAUGUGUCCGGCCACCAAGAUAUCCUCGCAACCAUCAACCGAUUUGUCGACACAAAUAAACUCCCCCAUCUCCUCUUAUACGGACCACCAGGAACCGGAAAAACAUCUACCAUUCUCGCCCUUGCCCGCCGGAUCUAUGGCACUAAGAACAUGCGACAGAUGGUGUUGGAGUUAAACGCAAGUGACGACCGCGGUAUCGAUGUUGUUCGGGAACAGAUCAAGACCUUUGCCAGCACAAAACAGAUCUUCAACAUGGCCCCUCAGGGUGGUGCUGGCUCUAAUCUAGCAGGAUUCAAGCUGAUCAUUCUUGAUGAAGCCGAUGCCAUGACUUCUACCGCUCAGAUGGCCCUGCGCCGCAUCAUGGAGCGCUACACGGCCAACACCCGAUUCUGUGUUAUUGCCAACUACACACAUAAGCUGUCCCCAGCACUUCUCUCCCGGUGUACUCGAUUCCGUUUCAGCCCACUGAAGGAAGCCGAUAUCCGCACCAUUGUUGACCAGGUCAUUGAAAAGGAAGGCGUGCGGAUACAACCCGAGGCCGUCGAUAGUCUAGUUACCCUGAGCAAGGGUGAUAUGCGACGUGCGCUCAACGUGCUCCAAGCCUGCUUUGCCAGCAGUAUCCCACUUCCCAUGCGAGAUGCCCCCAAGGCCCCGCGCCCUGAGCCAGAGACGAUCACUAACGCGACGAUUUACGACUGCAUUGCGGCUCCUCACCCAUCUGAUAUCCAAGAGAUCAUGUCCACCAUUCUGUCCACCAGUGACGUGACCUCCUGUCUGAGCACUGUGCACACACUCAAGGCCACCAAGGGUCUGGCGCUGGCUGAUAUUCUCUCCGCGCUCGCCGACCAACUCCAACAGCUUGAAGUCCCCGCGCAGACCCGCGUCACAUGGCUUGAGGGUCUCGCUGAGAUCGAAUGGCGACUGGCUGGCGGUGGCUCCGAGGCCAUUCAAACCGGAGGUCUGGUUGGUGUCGUGCGAAAUGGAUGUGAGCUUAUGGGUGAUAAGGGCGUGGCAAUGGCAUAG